UAUUUAUUAAGGUGCAUUACGAUCGUCAACAUUGACUUGUCUACGACAGAUAACAAACAAAUUAGACCAUCCCCAACUAAAAUUGUAGUAUUACAGUCAUCGUGACGAAAAAAAAAUAGUUCUGUGCUCGGGGAACAAGCUCUCAAAAAGUUGAAAGAUUUUCGGUAUUUCGUUGGAGAUGUCGCAACUAUCGAAGUUGAUGGUGGUUACAGAAGAUGAAAAAGAGAGGAUACUGAAAGAGCACAAUAUAACAAAAAAGGAAUUCGAAGACAGUGUUGAUGUGCUCAGGACGUGGGUCAGUCAACAUAACAAUAUAAGCAACACUGAAGUAAUUAAUGAUAACCACCUCACGACAGCACUGAUCAACUCUAAGAUGAGUUUGGAGAAUGCGAAAAGAGCAAUGGAGGGAUAUUUAACCGUCAAAACAUUAUAUUCCGACUUUUUUGAGCAUAUGAUACCUGAAGAGAAGAAAUUUAAGGAAACCUUCACACUUAUAAAGAGCGUUAUAAUGCCAAAACUUUUACCAAAUUUGAGCAGACUCCACGUGGCGAAAUUCAUGGACCCAAAUGGUGAUGCAGAAAACGGCUUGGACUACUACUUCACAGCAAUAAUGAUAGCGGAGUUGAGAAUGGUAUACGAUUUCUUUCUGUCUACCGCGAUGUUAUUGGACUUAAGAUACUUUGGUCUAAAAAACCUAAUGAAAUUUACUCCUACUGUCAAUUAUAAAUUAGUUCAUAUGUUGACGUCCGUGAGUCUUAGAAUAGAUACAAUCCACAUCCUCAACAGUCCACCAAUCUGGGAUAAAAUAUACAUAAUACUGAAAGCUAUUCUACCAUCAAAGAUCUUGAAUAAGAUAAAAGUUCACAAUUCUCUUGAAGAACUACAAAAAGACAUACCUAAGGAAUAUCUCCCAAGCGACUAUGGUGGAACAGAAAAAUCCCUCGAUGAGCUUCAUGAAAUGUGGAAGAACGAAUUUGAAGCUAAUGAAGAUUUAUUCAAGAAACUAACAAAACUGCGAGUAAAGGAAGUAUUGAGAGGACCACAAUUCACAGACGAUACAUAUAUGGGAUUGGGUAUAGAUGGAAGCUUCAAAAAGUUGGACAUAGAUUGACGCGGAGCCAAAGAAUAUAAGAAUGGAAAUCAUAAUUUUUAUUAUUAGUUUUGAAUCAAUAAAUCAUUGAGUUUGCA